UCCCCUCCGCCCCCUCGCGUCGGCGGGAUUCGCAGAUCAACCCCCGCCGCUCCUCCGGCCUUUUCCCGCCUGCGCCGAUGGCUUCCGGCCCAGCAAACGAAGAAGCGGUCCAUGGGCUCCAGGAGUCCUGCGCCACGCCCACCCGUGCUCCGGCCGCCGCCGACGCAGCCGCCGCCGAUGUCCCUCCUCCUCCUCCGGCGGCGGCGGCGGUCGAGAUCGAGAGCCCCACCAGGGAGCGGCCCGGAGACGGGGGCAGCGGCCCCGACGCUGCGGCGGCCGAGCCUUCUCCUUCGCCGCACACGUCGCCGAGCGCCUCCGCGCUCGUCCAAAGUGCUGACCUACGGCAUGCCAUCGGGGAUUUCGAGAAUAACCGGGCCUAUGGGGUACCUUGGGAUCAUCCCACCGUUUGGGUGGACGAGGAUGAGGAGGAGCAGAGGGCCAAGAAAAAGAGGUCACCCCGGAGUAGAGUUCUUCUCUACGCCAUCGGCUCGUGUUUAUGUGCAAAAGGAUGUACAGUUGUUCUCUCUGAUCAAAAGUACAGAACAGAUCAAAACGAGAGAACAGAGCCACGACCUCUUCUGCAUCACCAGAAAGUUCGCCUGGAAUAUGCCCCUGAACAUUAUGAUAUAUCGGAUUUGCGGAAAAUGAUUUGUUCAAAUUUCCUGAUACUUCUCAACAAGUAUUCAGACUUUAGGCCGGUCCAUGGAGAUGGGGAAUGUUUCUACAGGAGUUUCAUAGUUUCCUAUCUGGAGCAAGUUCUUGACAGGGAGGACACAGAUGAAGAACAUCGCCUCCUUGCUGCUGUUGAAGUUGGGAUUAAGCCAGUGGCUGUGGCUAUGCAAAUGGAUUAUCCUGAAUGGCCCUCUGAAUUUGCUCGGAGCCACACAGUAUUUGAGAAGCUGAUAGAGAACAUAAUCAGAUGGAAGAGCACACAGAAAGGUGCAGCAUCAACUGACAGCUGUAAGAAGGAACUUGUCAAGUUUUUCAGCAGUGAAAUCAUGUCAAAUGCCAUUUUUGUUUUCCUCAGAUUAGUAUCAGCUACCUGGAUGUGUGCGCACAAAGAUGAGUAUGAACCACAUAUACCUUCGAUUGGAGUUGGUUACCCCAUGGAACUUUGGUGUGGUGUCUAUGUCCUUCCACCUCGCGAGUACACAGACCAUAUUCCAAUGAGGGCCUUGGCAGCCGCGCUUGGGGUGCCACUCCGAGUAGAGAACCUGCAUGAUGGACCAACUCAUGAUAUCUACACUUCCGACGGUGGUGAUGACGUUCCUCGCGUCACUUUGCUGUACACAGGCAUCCACUAUGAUAUCCUGUACCCAAGGCAGCAGGCUGAGCAGGGAGAGAGAUGAGUUGGUGUGCUGAUUUGCUGCAGAUGAGUAUGAGCAUUGCCGAGCUAGGUGAUAGAGACCAGAGAAUUUAGACUUUCAGAUGAAGUAGCCAUUCUUUCUUCUACUGGUUGAUCAAUAUCAUACCUGCUGCCCACCUUUUUUUUCUUUCGUUCUGAAAACUGUGAGGAGGAGAAGAGAAACCUGUGCUGUAAUGUCGUUUGUAUACAUGGUGUGAUGUGAUGACCUUGAUUCUUUUGCGAGAGCUACUUGUGAUCACGUUCUCUUAAGUAGCUUUGAUCAAUGAGAUGUCUUUACUGCAGGAAUGCUUUGCUAUGUAGAUGGAAGAACAGUUUAUUGGAAUUCUGAUUGGUCCCCUGCUGCUGAGUGCUGAUCAGCUUAUGCACUUAUUA